AUGGAACAAUAUGAGGAAGAAGUACCCCUUGAACGGAAACCUUUGACUGAGCGCCUUGUGGAGGAAGAGGAAGUCAUGAACGAAGAGCCUGUUGAAGAAUAUCAGCCGGAGAGUCCUCCCUAUUGGGAACAGAGGCCUACCUUGCAGCGCUUACACUCUGCAAACCACGCAGCGGAGAUUGAGCCAGAAACCUAUGAUGACGACAACGAGUCCGUCGACAUCUGGCAACAAGGAACUGAACAAUUGGAGCCUGAUUAUGUCCCUCAAUCGCAUGCCAUCGACCGAGCAGCCUCUAACGAGCAGGAAGCCGUGGAUGACGAUGACAGGGGCUUUGACGAUAUCUGGCAGCAAGAAGCCCGUGACAACAAUUAUCACUCGCAGCACACGGAUGAUCGGGAACAGAUUCCAACAGAGAGCAGUACCAGCCCCUGGCGACCAUUGGAGGGAGCCUACGAGAGUGAAGAAAACAUGAGUUCAUCCCCAGCGUACGUGACCAUGGAUGACGGCAGCACAAAAUAUUUUGGACCAACACAUGUUCGCAAGCUACGGGACGAGGAUGUGGAUCUGUCGGCAUUGCUGGCGCGGGAAGAUACGCCAAACCAUGCGCGCUACUAUAAUGGGACAAGUACUCCCCGAAAUAUCUUAAGCCGCCGGUCUGGCCCGCAGCCCCCGUCGAUCAACGGGUCUUCCCUCAAGUCUGCUUCUUCGCGCAAGACUGGUCAAAAUGCCCGCCUUCAGCCAAUAUCACAGUCACCAGAAAUGGAAUCGGAGCCUGAAGUUAGCUCACCUGCUGUGAGGCAUGGGCUGUCACCUCGGCAGCCUCAGCCAGAGAGGGUACAUGAGACGGGCAGCGUUUCCGAUGCUGGCCUGCACGAGACUGAAUCUAAUCAGGCAGGCUCCGCCGCCACCCCCGAACAUCCACCUCAGCCUAAUGGGGAUGCUACAGGGUCCACCUGGUUCCAGCGAAUCACGAGUCUCACCCCCAGGUGGCUGAAAGCCCCUGCUGAGUCUCACGAGGAUGGUUCGAGUGCCGUCUCCGAACACGAGUCAGAUGAUGAUGACCAGGAAAACCAGGAGGCAAUGGACAGCAUCGAAUCAGCGAAGAAUAUUCGUGAGCACUUCGAGCAUACACCUCGUUCAACUCAUUUGGGCGAAUCACCGCGAAUUCUGGACAAUUCAGUCCAUUCUUCUCAACCAGACACCCGGAAUACUGUGCCCCCGGCAGAAGAGGAGGAUGACGAUGAAGAAGAUCUGUUUAUCGAGCAAGUCGCCUCCAACCCUACCGUGAAAGGCGAAGUACAGUCCACGAAAGAUUAUGACGAAGGCGAGGAGGAAGAUCUCUUUAUCGAACAAGGAGUGCCCAACAAGAGCGCGAAACGCGCUGCUGCAAACCUUACUACCGACGAUUCCCACGGCCUUUCCGGGCCUCGACCUCUGGCGGUUUUCGGCUACUUCUCCGACGACCACUACAGGGCCCUUCGGCGCGUCUACCGAAUGGCGAAGCGAAACCCAGAGCGCUUCCCAUACUAUGACGCACCGGGGCGUGCACAAAUUAUCGGCGAUUGGAUCUGGACCUCGGACGGCCGUCACGGGGUGCCAAUCACCGAAGUACAGUUUGCCAUCAUCGAUCGAUUUGUACAUGACCUCUCUCGGGCUGAUGUACAGUACGGUGGGUCGGGCCAGGUCGAUUGGACAGAGGCUGAUCUGCAUCGGCGUUUGAUUAGCAUCAUUAUUGGGGAGCAGAUCCGAGAAGAGCGCAAGGCCAAGACGACCCGCGGGGUCUCUGUUAAUACAUGGCGAUGA